GAGGCCGUGUACGAUUAUGGUUCAACCAAGAAAGAGAUCAAGCUUACCAUCCGCGUAGUUAGGUAGGUAGGGUAGAGACAUCUAUUACGCUAUCUGAGUACCGAACAAAGCUCACAAGGCUGCCAUUCAUUAGGAAAGAGCACCGUCAUUCCUUCAACCAUCAAAGCUCUCCAACCACCACCUUACAUCAUCCGGGUCAACAGAUCACUUGAAACGGUGUCACACGGCUGCCCUUAAGCCUUCCGGUCAUCACAAACAACUUUAAAGGACCAGAUACUUCCGACUGAAACUCCUUCAAACAGGAAGUUAUCCAUCAGCCAUGGAUACUGCUUUCAAGACCUGGGAGCUUGACAACAAUGUCCAACUCGUGGAUCCCAACCGCGACGCCCUCUACACCUACGACCCCGAGGAACAAAAGGCUAUUCAAAAUGCCAAACCCUGGAAAACCGAUCCCAACCACUUCAAAAACGUUCGGAUCUCUGCUGUUGCCCUCUUAAAAAUGGUUAUGCACGCACGAUCAGGUGGUUCCAUUGAAGUCAUGGGUUUAAUGCAAGGGAAAAUCGCAGGCGAUACCAUCAUUGUUACAGAUGCAUUCCGUCUACCCGUCGAAGGAACAGAGACCCGAGUCAAUGCCCAGGAUGAAGCAAACGAAUACAUGGUCGAAUAUUUACAACAUUGUAGAGAUCAGGGAAAGCUAGAGAAUGCGGUGGGAUGGUAUCAUAGUCAUCCAGGCUAUGGAUGUUGGUUGAGUGGUAUCGAUGUCGGAACACAAGCUACGCAACAAAUGUUUUCGGACCCCUUCCUGGCUGUGGUCAUCGAUCCUGAUCGCACCAUCUCCGCUGGAAAAGUCGAAAUUGGCGCUUUCAGAACUUAUCCCGAUAACUACAAGCCCACGGAUGCAGGAUCUGGAGAUGGAUACCAAACAAUUCCGCUGGCGAAGAUUGAGGAUUUUGGCGCACACAGCAGCAGAUACUACUCUUUAGAAGUCUCACAUUUCAAGAGUUCAUUAGAUACGCAUCUUUUGGAGUUACUGUGGAACAAAUAUUGGGUUCAAACAUUGAGCCAAAGUCCAUUAUUCACCAACCGCGAAUACAGCAGCAAACAGAUGCUUGAUUUGAGCUCCAAGAUUCGACAAGCUAGUUCCGGUAUUAGUCGCAAUGGAAGAACAACUGCCGGAUCAUCGUUGAGCAAGGGAAUGGAUCAACAACUAGUGAAGGUUGUUAAGGAUAGUAGCAAAAUUGCUGGGGAAGAGAUGACAGGGCUGAAGGCUGGCGAGGUCAAAGCGCAGUUGUUCAACGGGUUAGGCGCGGCGCCAAAGACUGCAGCUGAUCCUGCUGAUCCUGCUGCUCCAAUUGUUCCAGCUGUUCCAGUGGCUGAAUAAUGGAUUAAAAAGACACCUGAUAUUUGGUAAGCUCUAGUGAGCACUGCUUUGGCGCAUGGGUUAAUGAUGGCGUUUUAAGGUCUUAAAUAUACACUGGCCACAGUAGUUUAGAGUGGAAAGAAAUGAAGUUAUGACACACGGCAUCAAUAUGAUCUAUUCUACA